AUGUUCGACGACAUCGAGGUUCGCCUCGGCUGGGGUGCGAGCGCAGAGGUCGUUCGAAAGGUCCCAGAAACCGGGCUCGUGGUGUUUGGAGAAGUCGUCGACGUCGGAGACAAGAUCCGCCAGACAUGCAUCCUGGCGGAGGAGCAUGGCUACGACUGGGUCUGGAUCGACACCUGCUACAUCGACAAGACGAGUAGCACCGACCUCUCCGAGGCCAUAAACUCGAUGUUCCUCUGGUACUCGUACGCGGAGAUCUGCUACGCCUACCUCGACGACGUCCCCAGCGACGACGAAUUGGACACGGAGACGUCGGCUUUCCGCAGGGCGCGCUGGCACACGCGCGGCCGGACGCUCCAGGAGCUCAUCGCACCAUCCCUUCUCCUCUUCAUCUCCCAAGACUGGGUCGUUAUCGGAGACAAAAUUGGGUUGGCCUCGCUCCUUUCCAAUAUCUCCGGGAUCCGUAGGAAGGUCAUCACGCGCGAGAGCCAUUUCACCACUGUCAGUGUCGCAGGGCGCAUGUCCUGGGCGUCGAACCGACAGACAACUCGUCUCGAAGACGAGGCCUACUGUCUCAUGGGGCUGUUCGCCGUCCACAUGCCGACAAUCUACGGCGAAGGUCGCCAAGCUUUCCAGCGUCUCCAGCACCAGAUCAUGCAACAGCGGCUCGACACGACCCUCUUCGCCUGGGGCAGGUGGAUGUCGACGGUGAUGACGUCCAUUCCGGCCGAGGAGAUCUACAAGUCCUUCGCGACUACGAAGAACAACCACAUAUAUCUCCUCGCGAAGUCUCCACACGAUUUCGAGAAGCCUUUCGGGAACAUGAACGUCUACUUCACCCUCACAUUGACCAUCCCUCUACAACCGUACCUUCCCGGCCACUGGAAGAACAGGGAACCUCCGCCCAACGUUGACCCGACCACAGGGCCCUUCGGCGUGCUCGAGGUACCCCGCUUCCAGCUCACCAACUACGGCGUCGAGUGCCGACUCCCCGUGUUCGAGUCCGGCGGGAUCACCAUCGCGGUCCUCUUCUCCGAGACGCGCGACAGGCACAUAGGCCUCCUCCUCCACCCGUCGACCGCGAAGAUGCAGGACGCCGCGCGGCCCAAGUACCACGUCGGGCACGGGUUCCGCCGCGCGAACGGCUCGCUCUGCGUCCGCCGACUCGUCGCGCUCGGCGCCGACUGGCACGCGUUUGAGUUCAACGGGGAGCGCGUCCCCGCGGGCGCGUGUCGCUGGCGCGACCUCUUCAUCGCGGACGCGCCGCCCGCGCGCGAGCGCGACGAGCGGCUCGUGAUCUGCUACGCGCUACAUUGCCUGCGGCCCGCGCCACCGUUCUGGGUGCCGCACUGGCUGGUCGGACGGCUGGCGGCGCUCGGGCUGGAGCUGAGGCGGCCGACGAUCGUGAGCCAUCCGAGCGCGGAGGGGGAGCCGUUGCUGUGCAUGCUGCGCUUCCAGGCCUUGCGCGGGAGGGAGGCGGUCCAGAUCGUCAUGGGGACGUGUGACCAGUGCGUCUUGAGCGAUGAAGAAGACGAGGAAGACGAUGGGUCUGAGGAAGCGUCAGGUGGAGGGGAAGACGACGCGGAUGAGGACAGAGCACAGGACUCCGGGGCUGAUGCCGAAGAAGUAGACGGUACGGACACCGAGGAACUGGAAACAACCCCAGAGCCCGAGCCCACUACGGACACCGAACAAGAGCCGGAGGUCGACCUGACAGACGACAACGCCACGGUAGCAUCCGGGGCAACCUCUGAGACCGAAGAAGCCCCCCGCCUCGGUGCGAACUACACGCAUCCCGUCCACUGGGCACGGGUCUCGGUGUACUCCAAGGCGAACUGGAAUUUCAAGACCGAAUGGACGCACGACUGCGAGACAGACCACGUCGAUGCGUGGCCGGGGAUGAGCUGCGAUUUUGGCGACGACGAGCGCACCGUGCGCCUGUCGUUCGCGCGGAGUCCCGUCGCGCCGGAGGUGACGGUCAUCGCACACAUCGACCUCCUCGGGACUGUGGAGGUCUUCCCGCGCCGAGGCGUACCCUGA